GUGGGCGGGCUCAAGAAUUGUAUGUAGCCCGCGUUUGAUGAUAGGAUAUGAAUGAGAAGGCUAGCUUGCAUUUAGCUAGUUUGUGCAACGUUACCGAAUUUGAGUCGUUUCCGUACAGUAGAACCAGGGAGAACCGGCUAGCACAGACACGUUUGGUGCUGGGUUGAUUUCCUAUUUGGGUUCUGCAUGUUCUCCCGCAUAAACGACACGGGAAGGGGAAAUAACGCACCAGCCCAUUGCUAACAACAAACAUUAGCGAAGAUGGGGAAGCAGUUGCUUGCAGUGGAUGGGAGAGUGAGACCCUUGGGAUAAUUAUGUAAACGGACCAGGUGAAGAGGACUGACGCUCCCCAGACGCGUCGUUUAGUCUCGGCGUCUGAGGUAGCAGUGCCACCAUGUAUGCGAGCGCAAACCAUACCACAAAGGCCGACUCGGGCAGCAGCAGCAGCAUCACUGAGCUGCUGAGCGCUCUGUGUGACCGCAGCCUCUCCGGGGUGUCUUGGAAGCGAAGAGCCCUCGGAGGCGUUUCCAGGGAAGGCUUCCACCGAGCUCUCAAAAAGCGGGCGUACGGCGCCCUGCUGUCUAAGCUUUUUCAAGAUGGCCCCAAAGGGUCCGCCUCGAGACAGAGUGCCUCGGCCAAUACGCCACCCAGGAACAAAGUCCUAAUGAUGUGUUUUGACUUGCGAGUGGCCGGGUGCCGAGACGAAGCGGAGGCGCUGGAGGACCAGCUGGGCAGGCUGUCUGAUGGCGCGUCCUCUGGUCUGAAAGAGGUAGACUCGGUGCUGGAGCUGCUGGUGUGUCUUGCCGGCUCCGCGCCUCCGGCUCCCACCUCGUUCAGCAGGGACUACAUGAGGCGAGAGAGGCCCGUGGUGCGGAGGCCUCAGCCCUGGAGCUACCAGAGCGAGGAGCUGCAAAGGCUCGAGGCCAGGGCGUGGGGUCUGGUGUGUGCAGAGGAAUGGGGGACUCUAGAGACUCUGUGCGGAACUCAGAGGUUCAUGGACUCUCUGCCGGGUACGGGGUUGCUGGCUUUGAAGACUAAAGCGGACGCAGAGGAAAGAUUUGAGAAGGAAACUAGGCUGACAUUGUUUGGAGCACUGCAGCACACUCGAACUUCAGACAUGGACAUCCGACUGGACCUCCCUCCUGUUCCCAGUAAUAUAGAUGUUACUGGCCUGGCAAUCAGGGUUCCUCACUAUUUAGAUCAGUCUGAGGAUGAGGGCUUCCAGUCUGCCUCGAACCUGACCCCAGACUCUCAGUCGGAGCCGAGUCCCGUUCCAGAUGUUGACAUCUGGGAGGCUCUCCGUACGUUUGAGCCUGGAAGACGCCGCUGCUGGGAGUCUAUUGGCUGCCCACCAGGUAAAAGGGAGUCGUCGUUUCUCACAGAGGGAGGCAGGGAGACGUUUGACCAGCUCUAUCGGCUGUGGGAGGGAGAGAUGAGGGUUGCCAGUUCCGGCGCGUCCUCUCCCGUCCUCACGCUGCCCCUGGACUCCCAGACCCAAUUAGUAUCCAACCUCCUGAAUGUGCUGCUAGGAGUGGCGUCCACCACCUUCCCCCUCAACCAGAGCGUUCAGUUCGACGUCAGGCCCGGCGUCUGCGUGUCGGGAGCCUCUCCGGAGAGCGUGUCUCGUCUUCUGGGGGAGCUGGCCCAGUACGGCACCUACUACCUCAGGCUGAGUCGCUUCUCUCUCCAGAGUGCUGACAAGAAGGGCCUAGUCUUCCAGGCGUUCACCGGCGCUCUGAGGAAGUAUCUCCAUUACUACAGAGCUUGCGUUCUCAGCACUCCACCCACGCUCAGCCUGUUGACGAUUGGCUUCCUUUUCCGCAAAGUGGGCCGCCAACUCAGGUACCUGUCGGAGCUGUGCUGCGUGGACGGACCUUCAGGCUCAGGCCAGGCCACCUUCCCUACGGGUGUUAAGCUGCUCUCCUACCUCUACAACGAGGCCCAGAGUAACUGCAGCAACGAGAACUAUCCCGUCCUGCUGUCCCUGUUGAAGAGCUGCUGCGAGCCUUACACACGGUUUGUGUCCGACUGGGUGUACAGCGGCGUGUUUGGAGACGUUUACGGGGAGUUCAUGAUCCAGGUCAACGAGGAGUACCUCAGUUUCAGAGACAAACACUUCUGGGUCCAAGGCUACACUCUGAUCUCGAAGGAUGUAGAGGACUGUGUGCCAGUCUUCCUGAGACACAUCGCCAACGACGUCUACGUCUGUGGGAAGACUAUAAACCUGCUCAAAAUCUGCUGUCCACAGCACUACAUCUGCUGGUCGGAGCUGCCGGCGCCUCGCAUCGCCGUCACCUUCUCCCUGCAGGAGGUGGAGGAGAUCGAGCGAGAGUGCGCCGUGUACCGCGGACGCAUGGAGAGGAUCGCGAAGCACAGCGCCACCAGCAGGGAGGAGCAGGCCCUGCGAGCAGAGCGAGCGCGCCAGGAGCUGAUCAAUCAGGUCAGGGAGUCAGCAGCCAAAACCCUGGAGAGCAUCCGAGGGCGCCAGGUGUCACAGCGUCUGGCUGAGGAGGCCAAGAAAAGGGAGCGCUUUGAGGAGCUGAAGCAGCACCUGGAACAGGAGCAGGAGUGGCGAAGCGCGGCCAAGAAGAAGCAGGAGGAGAACGACUUCAGCUUCGCCAGAGAGCUGAGAGACCGAGAAAAGAGACUGCAAGCCCUGGAGGAGCAGCUGGAGCAGAGAGCCAGGAAGGAGCUGAUUGCUCAGUACAGCCGUUUGUCGGAGGAAGCGGCUCGCAGAGAGAGACGGGCCAUGUGGCGAGCACAGAGAAUGAGACUCGACGAAGCCAGGGAGCAGUUCCUAAAGCUCGAUGGGCAGAAAAUACAGGCGUUGCUGGAUCAAUACCCCUUAGGCCAGGAGAGCCCUCCGAUGGACGCACUGCUCUCUGGUCCCUCAGUUACACCUCAACAAACCCUUGAUUUUCCCACUCAGGAGGAGCAGCAGGCAGACAUUCAAGGAUCAGAAGCUGUGUCCCCGCCACUUAAUCCGUCUGCAGCAGACCCUCCUCUCAUCUCUGAGGACUCUGACAUCUGUGACCUUCUCCCUAAAUCUCCCAAGCCUGGCAGUCAGCAAGUGGAUAAAACCCAGGAGGAGAUUGGCUCUGACCUACCUAACGCCCGUCCUGCUCCACCACUCGUUGACUAUGACUUUAGUGCCCCCUUUAGUCCGCUCGAGGGUAUCGCUGGCCAAGCCUCUGCUCUGUCCAGGCCUCGGUGGGGGCCUGCAGUCCAGCCUGAGCUCAUGCACCACCCUGUUCUCGCAGAAGACAACGUGUCUGAAGUUCAGAAUAUUGAUAGUUUUCCUCUGGGUCAGGGGACACAGGAGGAGGGUCCAAAUACGAGCGUUCAUAAGGAGCGCUCACAACCGUCUGGCUCGGGUACAGAGCAGAGUCAGAAUGAACCUGAGCCAGGAGACGAGAAAGACCAAAGCUCAGGGAGUCAAGCUAAACGUGAUGGAGGUGUUUCUCUUCUAGACAUUCAGGGUUGUGUCCCCGUUGUGCAAGUAAAGGUGGGAGAGCUUGUUUCAGACGGAAGCUCCUCCCAGCCUUCUCUCAGCACCCACGGCCAUUCGUCUGAUGCUCACAUGAAGGUUGGACAGUACGUCUCCGAGGUAACUGGCCAGCUUCUCCUCCCUAACGUUCACGGCCAUGCUUCAGACUCUCACAUCAAGAUCGGUGAACACAUGUCCGAAGUCAGCGCUCCUGCGCCGUUCUCCAGUGUCCACGGUCACUCCUCUGAUGCUCACAUCAGAAUUGGGGAUUAUGUUUCUGAGUUUUCCCCUCUUCUCCGUGUCCCUAACGUCCACGGUCACGUCUCAGACGGCCACAUCAAGGUUGGAGGGCACGUCUCUGACGUAGAGGUGCCCUUACCGUCACAAAACGUGCACGGCCACAGUUCUGAUGCGCAUAUAAAAGUCGGAGAAAAUGUUUCCGACGUUGCUGCUCUGCAGCCUGCCCCCAGUAUUCAUGGCCACUCCUCUGACGCUAACAUAAAAGUGGGCGAGUUUGUGUCCAACGUCGCUGACGCCAGGCCCCGUUGGAGUAAGCAUGGGCAUGCCUCUGACUGUGUCCUUCAGCCAGGCUGUGCGGUCUCUGGAUCAACGCCCGCCUCAGCCCCUCUGCCCGGGAGCUCUUACGGUCACUCCUCGGACUCAGCCUUAGGCACCGGGUGUGUGGUCCAGGGAGAUGAGCCCAAACGACCUGCCUUACCCGGCAGCGCCCACGGUCACUCGUCAGACUCCGCUUUGGGCGUCGGGUGUCUCGUUUCAAAAGCCGAUCCGCUCCCAUCGCCGCUCCCAGGCAGCGCCUACGGUCACUCAUCAGACUCUUCGCUGGGCGUUGGAUGUCUCGUCUCAAAAGCCGAUCCGCUCCCAUCGCCGCUCCCAGGCAGCGCCUACGGUCACUCAUCUGAUUCGGCACUGGGGGUCGGAUGCGUGGUGAGAGGAAAAGAAGAUCAAAGCCAGGAAAAGACGACGGACAAGGACGAUAAAGGCAGCCCCACCGAGCCCCUUGUUGACGGGACGGGGUCCUGGACCUCUGCUUUGUGGUUGUCCCCCGGAGAGAAGUCCCAGCAGGAAUACCUGAUGGCCCUGUGCGCCCAGUACCAGGUGGAGCACUACGAGGACUGCUACAACCUACUAGCUUCGUCCCCCGAGUCCCAGCUGCUGAGGCAGGUAACGCGGGGGCCCUGGGGCCUUCCCAUGGACCCGACGCUCCGCAGAGCCACAGACACCACAGCUGUCCAGCUCAGCGAGAUGGUUUCCCUGCCGGUGCUGAUAAAGCACUCCGUCACCACGCCGCUCAUCACACACGUGUCGUUGGUCAAUAAAGCUGUGGUGGACUACUUCUUUGUGGAGCUGGGGGUGGAAAGACACUUUGAGGCGCUGCGCCACUUCCUGCUGAUGGAGGAUGGCGAGUUUGCUCAGUCUCUCAGCGAUCUGAUCUUUGAGAAGAUGGCCAGUGGCCAGACUCCAGGCGAGCUGCUCACCCCUCUGGUCCUCAACUCCAUCCUCAGCAAGGCUCUGCAGUACAGCCUGCACGGAGACACCCCCCUGGCUUCCAGUUUCACCUUCGCCCUGCGCUUCCUGCCUGAGACCUUCCACCCCCUCGCCCCGGACUCCCUCAACUGUCUGGAGCUGCGCUACAAGGUGGACUGGCCGUUGAACAUCAUCAUCACCGACAGCUGCAUGAACAAGUACAACCGCUUGUUUUCCUUCCUGCUGCAGCUCAAACACAUGGUGUGGAGCCUCAGGGACGUCUGGUUCCACCUCAAGAGGACAGCGCUGGUGAAAGGCGCGGGACGCUCGCUGCAGUUCCAUCAGCUGCAGCUCUACAGGCACGAGAUGCAGCAUUUUGUCAAAGUCAUCCAGGGUUACAUCGCCAACCAGAUCCUGCAGGUGUCCUGGACGGAGUUCACGGCCAAGCUGGCCACGGCCAGCGACCUGGACGCCAUCCACCGCACACACGCCGACUACCUCAACAGAGCCAUCUUCAGGGGCCUGCUGACGGAGAAAGCGGCUCCGGUCAUGAACAUCAUCCACAGCAUUUUCAGCCUGAUCCUCAAGUUUCGUGCUCAGCUCAUCGCGCAGCCCUGGGACAGCCAGCAGGGGGAGGCAGUGCACCCAAGCUUCAUUGCCAUGCAGCAGUCGUACAACACCUUUAAGUAUUACUCUCACUUCCUUUUCAAAGUGGUGACUAAACUGGUGAACAGAGGCUAUCAGCCUCAUUUAGAGGAUUUCCUGCUUCGCAUCAACUUCAACAACUACUACAAGGACUCUUAAGCUGCAUGCUGGUCUGCUGUAAAAUUCACUGCUUUUAGAUGAUGUGUUGGGCUUUAUGAUGGUUCAAAGGUCCUUGAGAUCCCACCUCUGCUGCACCACUCGAUGAAGGACCCAAUGGUAAUCAAUGUUAAGUCUGUAAUCAUUUCUGUGCACUUAAAUAAUCAAGACACUGCCUACAUGGACGUAAUCUCCAUUUCAGUGCUGUACAUGUGAAACUGAUAUAAAUGAACUGUUCAUGUGUGAAUUCCAGAUUGAAAUGUUUUAAUAAAAUCUAUUGAUAUUGUUUGAUUUAAAUGUUAAAAAAAAAGAAGCCAAACAAUUAUUCUGUAAAGAAAUUACAUAUUUAUUAAAGACUGAAUGUUAACAUUAGUGGUUUUACAAAACCAGGUUUAAUUAAGUGCAAAGCUUUUCAGGUAAUAAAUGUAGCCACUUAUAUAUAAAAAAAAAAAAGAAAAGGAAAAAAA